GGCCGAUUGUCGAAUCAGUAUGCUGUGUGUAGUGCCAUGGUGAGGAUCAGUUAGCUAUCAAGUAAAACCAAACCGGCGUCGAGUAUUAGAACGUUGAUGGUAGUAAAUAGUUAAUUGUCGGACCUAGCCAGAGGAAAUAAAUAUCAACAAUCAGUGUUUCUUAACGGAAGUGACAAACGGCAAACAAAUUAGUUGGCAUAAAAAGGUGUAAUUUUUCCUAUUGAACUACCAUCAUUAUUGCGGUAGAACUGUGGAGAUAGCAGCUGUUGGAGGUGUCACUUGUCAAGUAAUGAUGAGAUCAUUACUUAUACUAGCGACGGCUCUCGUCGUUGGAGCCGCAGCAUUGAAGGAUGGUCAAGUGUGUGAACCAGGAAGCAACUUCAUGGUCGACUGUAACACAUGUCGAUGUUCUGCUGAUGGAAAGAUGGUGGCUUGCACAAGAAAGUUUUGUAUACCUGAUGUACAGUCCGAUGAUCCCAAGGCUUCAAAUGACAGUAGUAAUGGAAUUGAAAGGGAAGAUGAGCAAAUACAAACGAACGGUCAGGUGUGCACUCCUAACGAGGUGAAGUGGGAGGAAUGCAAUCGAUGCAAAUGUGCUGCUAAUGGUAUUGGAUGGUUCUGCACGCGUAAAGGUUGUCUACCAAGAGAAAAACGUGCCACAAAUGUUCAGCGGUCGGCACAACAGUGCACUCCCGGAACCUCAUUCAAAAGUGCUGACGGGUGCAAUGAUUGCUUCUGUACGGAAACUGGAAUCGCUGCUUGUACAUUGAAGUUCUGUUUCCCUCAAGGCAGUCUUCGCAAGAAACGAGAGGCUCCGAAAGAAUGUGAACCUGGAUCUAAGUUCAAGAGUGCUGAUGGGUGCAACGAUUGUUUCUGUACGGAAACGGGAAUUGCUGCUUGCACACUACGGUUUUGUUUACCGCCUAAACAAAAACGGGCGGCGUUGGAAAUCCAGCCCCCAGCUACUAAACAAUGCGUGCCGGGAACUUCGUUCAAGAGCUCUGAUGGUUGUAAUGACUGUUUCUGUACGGAUACCGGAAUAGCAGCCUGUACACUAAAAUUUUGCUUUCCAACCAAAUCGAAACGGGAGGCACCAGCGAAACAGGAUUGUGUCCCGGGCACUUCGUUCAAGAGCAAAGAUGGAUGCAACGAUUGCUUCUGUACCGAUAAUGGAUUAGCUGUUUGUACGGCGAAAUUCUGUUUAACUCGAAGCAGACGGACACCCAAUAAUAACUUACCAAGAUCGGAGAUCGCCCCAGGAGCUCCAGGAUUUUCUUGUGAGCCUCGCAAGAGUUUCAAGUUUGAAUGCAAUCAGUGUCAUUGUGAUUCAAGUGGAACGCAGGCAGCGUGCACUUUCAAAUAUUGCGUACCGGGUGAAUAUUGACUCUGAGAAUGUUAAUUAUUUGGGAAAUCAAUUCAUUUUAAUUAUUAAGUAAGUUAGUCAACAUGCGAGGAUUUUAUUCUGUUAUAUGUCAAUGACCAAUCAAUGAUCAUAUUUUUUACUAAACGGACAAAUACGAACGAUUCAUUGAAAGAAA